AUGGCCGAAGGGAGACCUCCCGCAUCCGCGAGGUGUGUGUGGCUUGGGGGUCACCUGAUCCCCCAAACAGCGGACUUGGUGCCUGGUUCGAAUCGCCGGGUCGCGAGAUUUUGUCCUUCACGGGGCAACUUCUUCUCCCGCACUCGUGCGAGUAGUCCACGACCGGCUGUCGGUGCGCUAAGCCCUGGCCCGUACCCUCGAGGGAAGCGAUUCUGCAGAGACCGGGCCCCCCGGCGAUGGCGGCACCAGAUCACACCGCCGCUGCACACCCACCGCGCUGAAUGGGAUGAUGUACGAAGUGCGAAGCGCACACAGAUUCCCACACGAGUCCCAGAUGAUGUGACUUUUUCUCCAUCAUUAUUACCACCACCACUAUUAUCUCUUAUUACGAUUCCAUCCCGAGGUCCGACAAUGUCUUGCCCAAGAUCCUCUUCCGGGUCGGAGAAAUAUGCAGAGAAGGAGGAGGAGAAAGGACUACAUUAG